AUGGUUUUGUUGUCACUGGCAGUUUCAGAUACUGGAUGUAUUAGAAAGGGGUCUUCCGUGGGAAACGACCAGUCCAUUUCAAAUACUUUGUCAAAAGCUGCAGAAAGAUAUGAAAGUGACUUAUUAGAAGCAGCAGCUAAUUGCAAGAAAAACCAUCGAUUCGGAUACUUGGAUCUUUUGACGUCAGCUUCUGUUUCUAGUCCAUGUAUGCUUGGUAUUGAUGAGGCAGGAAGAGGUCCUGUCCUUGGCCCUAUGGUUUAUGCAUGCGCUUUAUCACCAAUUAAUCGUCUAAGCGAACUGAAAACUAUUGGACUUGCUGAUUCAAAGACGUUAAAUGAAAGUCAACGCGAGAAACUGUUACAGGAUAUGUUGCAUAAAUGCGACUGGAUAUCUGGUGUUGUGCAUGUUAUCAGUCCUGUAUUUAUUACAGAAAAAAUGCUUGAUAAAUCGAAGACAAGCCUGAACGCUAUAUCACAUGAUUCUGCUAUAGAUCUUAUUCAGACUGUUUUGGAUCAGAAAAUCAAUCUGGUCGAGGUAUAUGUGGAUACAGUUGGCAAAGCUGAACAUUACGAAGCUAAACUACAAGGUCUUUUUCCACAGUUAAAGAUACGGGUUGAAAGUAAGGCUGAUGAUACAUAUCCAAUUGUUAGUGCUGCGAGUAUCUUUGCCAAAGUUACUCGUGAUCGUGUUCUCCAGAUGUGGCCUAAAGAAGAACGUGGUAAUGUACCAGAAGGUAGUGGCAUUGGUUCUGGUUAUCCAGGUGAUCCUGUUACAAAGAGUUAUUUGCGUAUGUCUAUGGAUCCAGUUUUUGGAUUUCCAUCAAUUGUACGAUCUAGUUGGUCAACUGCAUUUAUUUUGUUAGUCCAACACGGUGUACCAGUUAAGUGCUUCACUUCAUCAGCUGAUUGA